AUGGCUUCAACCCGUCUCAUCGACCAUAACCACGCUGCACGCAAACUCCCCGUGCGCGUUCUUGUCUUGGGCAUGUGUCGCACGGGAACAACAUCUAUCGCAAGCGCACUCCGCAAACUAGGCUACACACCACACACGAUGCGUGCCGUGCUUUCUCAGCCCUCACAAAUCACGCUGUGGCAAGAAGCCAUCAACCUUACUCUCCUCACGUCUAAAACGAGUCCCAACACUCUUCCACCAUACGGCAGAAAAGAAUUCGAUAAACUCCUCGGCGACUACGACGCUGUCACCGACAUCCCAUCCACGAUCUUCGCCGCGCAACUAGUUGAUGCGUAUCCGGAUGCGAAGGUCAUUUUGACAGUCAGAGAAUAUGAAGAUUGGGAACGCAGUAUGCAAGAUUCCAUUUGGUGUCUUUUUACAUGGCGGCUUUUUGCGCUUGCAAGAAUUGUGGGAGUUACGCAGAUGGCGCCGAUGAUGAGGAUGUUGCAUGCGGUGUUUCGAGCACAUAAUGGGAAUGAAUAUGGUGGACCUGGGGCGAAGCAGGCAUAUGAGAGGCAUAGUGAAAAUGUCAAAAAAUUAGUACCUAAGCAAAAUCUUUUAGUUUUACAUUCCGCGGAAUUUGAAUGGGAACCAUUGUGCAGGUUUCUUGGACAUGACGUCCCGAAAGAGGGGUUUCCGAGGAUGGAUGAGGAUAAGGCGUUGAGAAGGAGUUUAGAGACGGUGUGGUGGGGGAUGGUUCGGUAUUUGGUUUUGAUGUUAUUGGGGAUAGGGGUUUGUACGAUAGGCAACGGGAUCAGUAUGGACCUCGAAGAGGCUGUAUGA